GGACACCAGAGUUCAUGGCUCCUGAAGUCUAUAAAGAAGAAUACAACGAAUUAGUCGACAUAUACUCGUUUGGUAUGUGCGUUUUGGAAAUGGUAACGUUUGAUUAUCCAUACACCGAAUGUUCUCACCCUGCUCAGAUUUACAAGAGAGUUAUAUCGGGCAAGAAACCAGACUCAUUAGAGAAGGUGAAGGAUCCUGAAGUUAGAGGCUUUAUAGAGAAAUGCUUAGCCACUGCGUCCCUCAGGCUCUCUGCUCGUCAACUAUUAGACGACCCUUUUCUUUGUACCGAUGAUGGUGACUCGACUUUGAGACCCGUAGAGAUCGCAACAAGAAGUCAGAUAGAUGAAGCUGGGCCUACUCUUCUUAGUCAUUCAUAUCAUACAGCUGACUAUUACUACAAUGACCAAACCAAAGGAAACUCUUUUGAUCAUCCUCACUAUUCAAACGGUUACUGUAGCCACGAUAGUCGAAACCAGUGGGAUUACAAUGGCCAUGAGACAGUGGAGGAGUCACACGGAGUAGACGUCUUUGAGUUUCAUAACGAUGAUCAUGAAGAAGUAGAAGAAGAUGAUGAGAGCUUAGAUAAUGUCCAUAUAAGCGUCAAAGGAAAGAGAAGAGAUAAUGGUGAUGGACUGUUCCUACGACUCAGAAUCGCUGACAAGGAAGGGCUUGUGAGAAACAUAUACUUCCCGUUUGACACAGAGACUGAUACAGCAAUCAGCGUUGCAAGAGAAAUGGUGGAAGAGCUGGAGAUGGACGACCGGGACGUCACAAAGAUAGCUAACAUGAUCGAUGCAGAGAUUGCUUCUCUUGUUCCCAGUUGGAGAUUAUCAUCAGGCGUCGAGUUGGAGAGCAUUUUCUGCAGCUGCGACUCGAACCCUUCUUCGUUGGGUUCGCUCAUGGAUUUGAACUUGAUUCAGUGUUGUGGAAACGAGUGCGAAGAGAAGCGUGGAAGGUUCGAGGAGAUCACGUUUGGGGCAAAACCACUCUGA